AUGGCAGCACCACGACUCCUCCCUUUCAAGGCCAAGGUUGAGGAAAUCACCUCCAAGUUCGAUGGAGCCAAGCCAGCGGAAGGGCCUGCCAAGAAGCAGUGCAAUGCUUAUGAGAAGCAAAUCCAGAGCAUGCAUGGGGAUGAGCUCCUAGCCUACAUCCAGUCAUUCAAGUCUGAAGAUGGCAUGACUGAUGGCUCUCACCCUGCGUCUUUGGUAUGUGAGCUCUUGGCAGAGGGCGACUUCAAACUUCGCUGUCAGCAUUUGGACUUGUGGUAUCAGGAGUACUGCACUCAUCGUGGCAUGGCGUGGUUGCACAAGGGUGCCAAUGCAGUGGAUCUAAAUCCUUCAAUGGCAGAUGAAACCAUCAAGCUGCCAAUCACCUGCCUGAGGUUUGAGAAACCGGAUGACGGGAUGCCAGUUGUUGCUGACUGGAUCACCACAGCUGAAUCCAUGCUUUUCGGAGGGGUGGACUUGGGCAGAGAAUCAAUUGAUGUCUCAACAGCAUGUCGCGAAGGAUGGACACGUGCGUCCGUGGUUGCCACGUUUCUCUUGGCUGCCAGUGAGCUGGAUUUGUCAGAGCCUGGAACUGCUGAGAAGCUCAAGAUCAUGGAGCUGCGUGCAGUUGAAGGAGCUCAUUUGGCAUCGGCUUCGACUGAGGAUCGUCUCCGGGAAAUCGUUGGUGAGUUUCACCAAAGUCCAGGGCUGAAUGCAAAGCAUCGCCUCGACGAGGAGAAGUUCAGGUCCGUGCUGAACAUGAUCACUGGCACUUGCCCUGAGAAUGGGCGCCGUCUGAGACAAUCUUCCAAAUCCCGAGUACGCUGGAGUGGUGCUCAAUUUGAUGCUCAUUGUGAUCUUGCAUGCGUCUACAGUGCAGAUCUUGAGGAAGCUCGAGAGCUGAGCCACUGGAACUCUGAGAAGGAAGCUGCUGUGAUCAAGGCUCUCCUCCAGAAGGACUAUGGUCAAGAGGUGGAGGCCGCUGUGACAGCAAAACUUCCAACUUGGAAGGUUCAGCACUUGGGAUUGUGGGCGGAUCUCAUUGAGCCCCAAGCGUCUCAUGGACCUGUGGUUUCAGCAAGUGAGCUGAUGGAGCUUGAAGAUGAAGCUCAGGCAGCAAAGUUCAGAGAAGUGCGCGCAAAGCUUUCCCAGGACAUCUCAGCUAUGUGCAGCUACAACAGCUCAAAGGAGGAGUGCACCCGUCGUUCCCAUGUGGUGAAAGUCAUGCACGAGAAAAGCCAGGUGGAGGCAGGCAAAGAGCUAUGUGAGAGCUUCAUGGAACGCAGCUGCCGUGUGUCACUGCUGUGUGACAGGGCUUGGUCUGACCCAAAGCUGGAUGCAAUGUAUCGCUCAGCUGCACAGGCUGCCAAGGUGGGUGUCCUGGAGGUUGACACAAUCCUCUACAUUGACUGCACGAAGCUUGGAGUUCUCAGCCAGACCAACAUCAAUGCUUUGGGAGAGCUGGCAGAGCGCAUUUUGUUCGGGGCCCCUUCCCGAAGUGUGAUGGUCUUGAUUCCACCGCUGCUGGUUGGAACUGAUGCCGCUGGUUCCCUUCGUCGGGACAUCAGGAAGUUGGAGGACAAGUUUCAAAACCACAAGAUCGAGUUGCGGCCCUUCACCAUCAACCUGAACCUUGAGGAAUUGCACAGAAACAGGGAGCUGCCAGGAGCAUUUCUUUCAUUUCUGGGGGUUUGUGAUGCCACACUCCCAUUGCGUGGAACUGCACAUCGUGUGGUGCGGGGAGCACCGGAUUUGGAAGCAGAGACCAAUACGUUCUGUGCAAGCACCUUGUGGCUUCGCCAAGUUCUCCAAGAGUUUCCUGCUGCGAUCGCUGAGAAGGACUUUUGUGUCCCCGGGGACACCCUCUUAAGUCACUCAGAAAGACGAAACCUUACUGAUCUGCAAGAAACUAGCCAAUGGCUGGGGGGAACUGCGGUAGCCCGAUGUGUCCUCAAGAGUUUGAUGAGUGGUGUGAAGAGCAACUUCAGCACUGUGGUGAUCCAUCCUACUUCCUAUGAUGGGUGCCUUGAACUUGCAGCCCUUCAGCAGGGGAUGUGGGUUACCGGGACUAGCAACAUCGAUGUCAACUACAAGGCUGCAAAGGAUCAGGUGAAGAACUUCCUGCUGCAGGCAUGGAAAAAUGGCACAGCCCCAAUGGACAAGCAGACGAUCCGGUACAAGAAGGAUGUGCCCAAUGAUGACCUUCCGAAAGUACCAGAACCUCCAACUCUGAGGGUGUGUCAAUUCGCUGAUGGCAAGUUAUCGAUCCCCUCUGACAUUCGCAAGCAUUUCCUUACUUGCCCCAUCUAUGGCCCCGAGUGGCGUGAGAUUUUGAAACAGUUUGACCAGGAUUGGGGUGCCCCAGCAGCGGCGACCACGCCUUCUCCAACCCCAGAUCCAAGUGGAGGAGGGUCACCUGUCAAAGCCGAGGGAAUCAAAACCGAAUUCAAAGUUGAACCUGUCACUUGGAGCACCAAGUUCACUGGAUCACCUACAACCUUGACUGCCUUGAAGGCAAAGUUUGGGGCUGAUUUGACUGAGAUGGUUGGGAUUUCAUCGACAACAAGUUUCUUUCUUGCCCCUGGCCCUGAACUCUACUUGAUGGCCAAGGAAGCAACCCAGAUCAAAGCUUGGGAGGCAGCAGUGGUGACUCAUGGGGCAGGCUCUUGGCUUACCGGGGAGAAAGCAGUGAAGUAUGUGACCAACAACCCCGACCGUGGAAUCCCAUGCAAGCUGGAGGAUGAUGAGUUCCCGGCAAUCUUUGAGGACUAG